UGAAGGUCUUUAUCUUACUGUCUGUCCUGUCUCUUAUUGCCGGGGAGUAUGAUUACGGUUACCGUGUAGAUAACCAACUACUAAAGUCAUUUAACGACGUUGGAGAGAGAUCUUGUUGCGAAGAAUGUAUAGCUUACACAAAUUGUCAGUCUGUGAAUUACAACAAGAAUAACUAUUCUUGUGAGUUGAACUAUCAGCACAUUUCUGGUCCUGGUAAGGCCAUGCACGCCGAAUACGUCUACAUGGACAGACCUCACUGCUUCUCGCUGGCUUCAUGUAGAGAGAGAUUUUGCAAUCUUUCUUGCAAUGCCAACGAAAAAUGUGCUUUGACCUCAACGAAUCAACCUGCUUGUAUAAUAACAGAGUGCGAACCGACAUCUACAAUACCGGAUAUUACACCAAGACAUGUCAGAAGAGAAGUGGGUCUUUCCCACUGGUUAUGGUGUACAGUACCACCCACUACCAGUAUACAGUUAUUUACAUGUGAUACAGACGGACAAUGGGUCAAACAUUACAGCAGUUGCAUAUGUUGGUAUGGAACAUACUUAGAUGGUAAUUAUUGCACAAAAUGCCCUGCAGGAAAGCAUUUACCAUACUACAACAAGGUAGGAUAUAGUUCUUGCAUUGACUGUCCUGCCGGACUUUACACACCAGGUCCAGGCUAUGGCUGGUGCUAUAAAUGCACAAUGGGGUCUUACCAAAGCAGCCCUGGUAGAUCUUACUGUGACCUUUGUCCACCCGGUAGUUACAGCAUUGAUGAAGCAGCAACAUCCUGCAUUGCGUGUCCUGCAGGGCAGCACUCACCAAAUCCAGGAUCCACCACUUGUAUUGACUGUCCAGAAGGACACUACACACCAGCUCCAGGUCAUGGCAUUUGCAUCGCAUGUCCAGUUGGAUAUCGGCAAAAUCAUAUUGGCCAAACAACAUGUAAUCCAUGUCAAGUCGGGAAAUAUAACGAUGCUGUAGGGAAGAAGAAUUGUAAACAUUGUAAAGAAGGGACCUUUAGCGACUCGGAAGGAGCAACGUCCUGCAAACCAUGUCCUGCGGGGACCUUUAGCGACACGGUCGGAGCGACAUCCUGCAAGAAAUGUCCUAUAUUCACUUACCAGGAUCAAACUGGACAAUCUUUCUGUAAAUUGUGUGUCAUAGCAUUAUCAGAGGGGUCAACAUCUUGCUAAUCAACAUAUUAUUUUGUUAUUCCAAAUUCUUUUUCUAUUGAACAUUCCUAGUCUUCAUCUGAUUUAUAAACUUGGUCAUGAAAAUAUUUAGUAGAAAUGUAACAUUAAAGAGAAAAAAACCAAAUCAAUUCAUUUUACUCGUCAAAUAAUACGGACGAUUCGUACCAAGGAAAUAACAAUCUGAAAUUGAAAGUAAUUGUAGUAAUUUUAAAAAAAACUUUCAUUUUUUAACCUAAACAGCUUCUUUAAAAUAUAAUACUGUAACAAGAAAUUGACGUUGAGAUACCACAAUUGUACCACAGGACUUUAUUUAAUAGGAGUAUUUAGAAUAAAUUGUUCACUAUCUUGUGUAAAUGAAUGUAGGCUUAUUUAACCUUGGGAUGUACAUAACAAGGAAUUUAAUCCUGUUUGGCUUUGCAUAACCUUUCUUAUAAAUCUGAAAUAAUACGGGGGUAGGGGGGAGUGGGUGGGGGUGUUGAGGGAAAAGCUGGUAUACAACAGAGGUCGUAUGAUUAUUCCUGCAAUGAUUGUUUCUUUUAUUGUCGGCAAAAACCUCUAAUCUUUUUUAACUAUCCACAUAUAUUACACAACAGUUAAUGAAGUGUCGUGCUUUGGAUGUUAGUGGCUAUAAGAAAAAAAUAGUAUUGAUGACAGAGCCUCAGUAGACAAAUAAUAGCUAAAUGUACUAUUGAGGUUAUCAUUUAUAAACAAGUCAAUAUGUUAUUGAAAAAUUAUGUGUCUUUUUGAAGAAUAAAUAUUACUUUUUAUAAUCUUGAUUCCGAACUACUUGAUUUUUUGAUAUUGAAUAACCUAUGGUUUAUCUUAAUGUCGUUGACGGAAGAUAAAGUGGUCCAAAGUUCCCGGUUAGAGAUCUUUGCAUUUGAAUGUCAUCAAUGUUAAUUGCCUAAACUCUCUGCAUUAUUGC